UGGGAUGCGUUGCGGUGACUGGCUUCCCUCAUCAUCAUGGAGUAUUUGCCCAGUCUCCAGCAAGAGUUCGAUGAGCUCAAGCCGUCGCUGUUUGAACUCCUCGCCGAACAGCAGCUCUCGGAUCUCCUCCCUCCCUCCAUUCGAUACAUCCUCGCCGUCGCCACGCACCGUCACCCCCGAUACUUGCUGCGGAUCCUCAAUUCAUACGAUGAAAUCUACGCCCUCGUCUCGCUCGUGGUGGAGCGCUACUACCUGCGCACCUUCGGCGGCUCCUUCACCGAGAACUUCUACUCCCUGAAGCGCGAGCGAGUUCUCCUGACCAAGAAUGGCGAGGUUCCUCGCGCUCAGCUGGGCGCUGCCGGCCCCGUCCGGGAGACCCUGAAGCUGCGUUCCUCCGACGUCUGGAAGAACCUCUUCGUCAUGGUCGGCAUUCCCUACUUGAAGCGCAAGCUAGACGAGGGCUACGACGUGCACGCCGCGCCGCAAGCAUCGCUGAUCAUGAGCGGUGGCCCCCGCUACAACCCCAGCGACGACCUCCCUCCCAGCCCGACAAUCCGCCAGCGCCUCCUGCACCUCUACAAAUGGUUCCUGCGCAACGUCUACCCCUCCGUCAACGCCGCCUACCACUUCUCCAUCCUCGCCUUCAACCUCGCCUACCUCUUCGACAACACCAAAUACUCCUCCCCCUUCCUCUGGCUCAUCGGCACUCGCAUCCGCCGUCUCGGUGCCGCAGACCACAGAGCCAUCGCCUCCGUGCUGGAACCCCCUAAACCGGCCCCCGGCCCUGGCGGUCGAUCCCGCCCCGGAUCCAGCCUCCUGGGCAUGCUCAGCCCGCAGAACCUCUACCCGCAACUCCUCACCUCCCUCCGCUACUUCCUCCCCGCGUCUAUCUUCGCCCUCAAGUUCCUCGAAUGGUGGCACGCCAGCGACUUCUCGCGGCAGCUCGCCCGCAAAGCCACCGAGGUACUGGACCUCCCCGCCCCCGUCUCCAACGGGAUGAUAUCCCCAACAGAGAAGCGACAAGCGCUCGAGGAGAAGAACAAAGAGAAGGCCAAGAAAGCGCAGGACCCUGACUCGCCCAAAUCCGCACUCAAGUCGCCCCGUCGCCGCAUCCAGCCCCCUGUCUCUGCGUCCUCGUAUCUCCCGAUCUUCACGGUGCCGCUUCCGCCGGCGGACUCGGACGUUGCCUCGAUGUGCGCGGUGUGUCUGAAUCCGUUGACGAAUCCGACGGCGUGUCAGACGGGGUAUGUAUACUGCUACGUGUGUAUCUUCCACUGGUUGAACGGCGAGCACCAGAGACAGAUCGAUUUCAUGAACGGGGAGGGUGCCGGCGCCGCGUGGGAAGAUGAUUCAGGGGACGGCGACGACGCGGACAAGCAGGACGGGAAGCCGGGGCAGAGUCGACAGGGGAAAUGGGAGAGUGGGAAGGGAAGAUGUCCGGUGACGGGAAGGAGAGUGUUGGGUGGAACGGAGGGGUUGAGACGGGUGUUGAUCUAGAAGAGGAGUUUUGUAUAUAGUGCAUGGUUGAUGAGCAUGGCUGCCUGAAUAUUUCCAGCGAGUAUGUUAAUACCACGUUUCUUUCAUCUAA